CAAAUUAUUAUUAGCAGCUCAAACAGCCCCUAUAGGGUUGGCUUGACAGUCCCACACGAGUUUAUUCGGACUUCGCCAGAACAGAGAUUUAGCACCGCGUACAAGGCUAUCUCGGAAUUGAACACGCAUAACGCGUUUCAUCUUAUUUCUUCAUUCAAUUGGUUCAUUGGCUUCAUUUACACCGAUUACACUUCUCUUCACAGCGGCAGGCCAGUUCCAUCGCCAUGUUCGACUUCGAAGACGACGACGCGUCCAGACGCGAAAAGAGCUACACGACCGUCACGCAGCUCCCACCCUUUAUUGACCCCAAGCAGCCUCCAACGAAAAAGGCGCCCUUCUCGGCCAUUUUAGGCCAUCAGUUUGUGCAUACAGUAGAAGUCAUCUUGCCGGAAGGCACUUAUAACAAGUUAAAGAAUACCCUGCACGGUGGAGUUAAAAAUCCUCAGUAUGCGAGGGUAUUCAUGUCUCUUUCUUCUUUGCUUGAGGGCGAAUUCUUUAACAGAUACAUUAAAACUGGAAAUAUUCUUAUGAUAUCCGAAGGACGUUCCGGAUCAGAUAAUGUCUUCAUGCUCAGUAAUGGAAUUCUAAAACUAGAACUCGGCAAGGAAUUGUUUGAGCGGACUGGCCUUACAGGGAAGCCCAUCCGCAGUGGAGGAAGGAAACAUGCUAAAGAAAGAUACCUUGUGCAACUCAACCUGCGGUUGCCCUCAAUGCUCCAUGGCAAAAAGGGCUUUGAGCGCAUUGUAUGGGCCUUCAAGAACGUGUUGAACCAGUCUGUAGCCUGGUUGUUCUGUGAUAUCGAAUCGGAAACCGGGAAGAUCACAGAUGAUAUACCGCUGAAAAUGCACCAGCCCCAAGAAAUCCAAUGUGAUCCUAUUGCCACCCAUCGUCCAAAUUUUCUCGUUCCUCCUCUGGAGAAGAUGGAUAUAAAUGAAAAUACGCCCGAAGAAGAUCUACGAGAAAAUUGUGAUACUCUUUGCGAGUGGCUUGCUAUGGUUUCUCUUGACUCGCCCCGCUUGUCUGCAGAUGAUAGCAUUGAUCCAUAUUUGAGUCGCUAUCAAGUGCCAUGUGUUGAGGACGCCGCAGCCACAAAUCUAAUCAGUCUGAAAUGGCACGGGCUGAUUUCUCCGAAAUGGAUUGUGAAACUAUUUGUCCUGCUCCUAAAGGAGACCGCAAAGAUCUCCACUUCCCCGGAAUGGCUCGCUCUUGCUUCGGCUGCCCUCGGAAGGGAUGCUGUGGAGGGAAAGGACGGAUACACAAUUCUGGCCUUGCCGGCCGCAGGCCAGUCGCAUGCUGGUGAUAACCAAGGACAUACUCCUCCUGGCGCUGCAGAGGCAGUUUUCGAAGAGACCACGAGGAAAAGAGCACCCCAACGGGUCCUCUGUUGGGAGUAUGUCGGCGCGUCAAUGCUGACAUGAUAGAACAGCCUGCUUACCUAGACUUCUUCGUCAUCAUCAUACAGAAUACCAUCUUUCUUGUUUUAUAUUCUGCUCAAUUUAGCACUGCAGACGUGAUGACGGAAAACCGCAGAAUAUGACCCUUCCCUCCCAUGGAUCUACUGUAUAUGUCUGAAGGAGGGUAUGAACAUCCCUUCUCUACUUCCGUCUCCUGCUCUUCUGCUUUCUCCUUCAGCUAUCCGGUCAUUCACGAUACGCCCAUAUACCUUCGUUUGCACGCGCCUCUCAUUCGCUGUCGCGUAUUUUAUAAUCCAUCCUUGGUUUAAGACUAUUCUUAUAGCCCUUCAACUCCACUCGCUUACGUUCCUUCGAAUUGGGAAUGAGAUAUCACUGUUUUAUUCGGCUUCUCUACAUCGUUCAGCGAAGCCAGAUUGGUACUCAAGCCUCCUCUCUCGACAUGUGGCCUGACUUCGUUGCCGACAACGAGGUCGAUACCCUCCGACGCCUUUGCUGCCAUGAGGGAUAACGAGUUCCUUGAAUUUUCGGAGUGCCGAUGGCAGGUACUUCCAACCUCGAGUGGGUCGAUGCCGAUGACCUGACUCAACGAUCGUGGCUUAGAUGGUUUUAGCUAAGGUAAGAACUACUCCUGCUAUAUGCCACUAUAUAGGAUUUUUAUAUUACCGUCAGGGAGACUAUCCCCUUCUGGAUGCUACCACCCUCAUGAGGGUACACGGAGUGAUCAGUGAGUAUUUCACAUCAUGGUUGAGCAUUCACCUGAGCACUCAGGGAACGCUCAGGGUCUACCCAGUGAUCAGUCACAUGUUACCAUGAGCCGCUCACCUCUAUUUUGCGCGGGUUAACCAUUUUAAAAUUCCCAGGCCUGUCAAUUAACCAUGCCUAUCAAUUUGCCCACCAGAAAAAUGACGCAAGCAAAAAGCUGAUGGUGGUCAAAUGGUCCUCCAGUGGCAAAUCCUCCAAAGCAAGAGUUAUCAGUAGAAAAAGAAAUGAUGGAAAUGAAGUACUAUUAAUUUUGACAAAGCUAUAGUAAAGCCUACUUCCACCCUAUCUUGAAGGCUAGCCUUCCACAGGAUUUCAGAAUUUCACUAAACACCCUCAUCUUGUGAAUAUGCUUCUUUUGUUUUUGCCCAGUCUUGUAGGGGUUUGAAUGUAGAAUUCAUUUUGGUGUUAGAUACACGAAGAGUUCCUUGAGAGAAGGAAGAGGACAGGAGGCAUUUUCGAGAGACAACGGCAUUGUCUACAAGGAAGGAAAUAGGCGAGCCAGCAUCAAACAGAACAAAUACAA